AUGCCGCUGCCCGUUGCGUUGCAGACCCUCUUGGCCAAGAGAGGCAUCCUCAAACAUUUGGAGCCCGAACCAGAGGAAGAGAUCAUUGCUGAGGACUAUGACAACAAUGCUGUGGACUAUGAGGCUAUCCGGUUGGAGGGCCUGCCACCAAGCUGGUGCAAGGUGUUUGACCCUUCCCGCGGACUUCUUUACUACUGGAAUGUGGACACAGAUCUUGUGUCCUGGCUUUCCCCACACGACCCCAACUCUGUUGUUACCAGAUCCGCCAAGAAGCUCAGGAGCAGUAAUGCAGAUGCUGAGGAGAAGCUAGAUCGGGGCCAUGAGAAAUCAGACCGUGAAGAGAGCAAAGAACGGCGCCACCAUCGCCGGGAGGAGCUGGCUCCCUACCCCAAGAGCAAGAAGGCAGCAAGCCGGAAGGAUGAAGAAUUAGACCCCAUGGACCCCAGCUCAUAUUCAGAUGCACCUCGGGGCACAUGGUCAACGGGACUCCCCAAGCGGAAUGAGGCCAAGACAGAUGCAGACACGACAGCAGCCGGGCCCCUCUUCCAGCAACGCCCUUACCCCUCCCCAGGAGCUGUUCUUCGGGCCAAUGCCGAGGCCUCCCCGAACCAAACAGCAGGACUGA